CAAUUUUCCCUUAACCCAAAGUCUCUACAUUGAGUCAUAUUGAGCUAGAAUAUAUAGAAUCACUAUAUUUUCUCACAAAAAAAAAACAACUCUCUUACUAUUUUGUUUUCUUUUUUAUUUGAGUUUUUGUUGAUUAUUACAUUGAAAAAAAUACAUACAAAUACCAAUAUCAUACAUAUCAUGGGUUGGACAAGAGAAGAAAAUAGGCGUUUUGAGGAUGCACUUGCAGUAUAUGGUCCUGAAGAUCCAAAUAGGUGGCAACAUGUAGCUAAUGCUGUUGGUGGAAAAUCUGUACAAGAGGUGAAAAUGCACUAUGAGAUCCUUAAGGAAGAUCUCAUUCGAAUUGAGCAUGAUCAAAUACCACUACCUACUUAUAGGGGGGGUGCUGGUAUCAAUAUCAACAAUGGAAGGAAAUUAUUUGGUGAUGAACAAAGGCGAAUGAGGAAUCUUAAUAUCCACUGAAGCAGAGACUACAAGAGCUAUGGAGUUACAUGUUUUUCAAUUAAUUUAUGUUAAUGUGAUGUGUAUUUAUAAUUUGAGUAAUUUCCCGUUAUGUUCAUCUAAAAAUUUAAUUUGAAACAAAGCAUGUAUCAUGUAAUGUAACACUUACUUUUGAUAUAUUAAAAAUUUUAUUUUAUGUAGCUUA